AAGACUCGUAGGGUAGCAGCCGACCAGUUGAUCUUAACGAUAGAGCGAAGAAACCAAUUUUAUUCCGAAGCCAAUUAAUAUUUACACGCGUGACAGGUUCUCAAAAUUCCAUUGAGUAGAAGUUUUUUUAUAAAGUUUUUGUUUCUGAGCUGGUACAAGGAAAGUAUUUCCGCGCUAUCAUGUGGUAGAAACCGUCUCGUGGUCUUUUUCUGCCUAAGGACGAAAACCCCGACGUGCUUGCGGGGCCUUUGCCGUAGUAGGUACUUUGGUGCGGGCCAUGUUGUUGCGGCUGCUGGGGGCGUCGAGUUUGUAUUAUCAGGGUGGACGAGAAGCACGGUUUUGCUUCGUCACGUGCUGCAUGUCGAUUGGGAGUUUUGCAGUCGGUAGUCGAAUAAAACGUUCCUAGGAUCUAUUGGAUGCAUGAGCCUCCGGAUUCGAUAUUUUUUCGAGGGAGAUACUCCUGCAUUAAGGCCUCUCCUAAUCCAUCUCGUGAAGCAUCCUCGGGAGGGUUUGCAAGGGGAGAAAGGUCUCAAAAUGAUCUUCAGGAUGGAUUGGGUGAGCUCCAACAGUAGCGGUAGCUGAGUUGAACUCUGCUGGAGCACUCUGUACGUGUUAUAGACCUUUCGCUUGCAGCAGCGAAUUUCUGGCGGCGGCAAUAGAUUUCUCUUCUCUCGUUGGAGAUGCAUCUAUGGGGGAAGCUCGACGGCGUACAGCUCCAGUGUGCUUCAGUAAGAGGAGAAAGACCG